GGGGCGGGGCCGCUAGCCGCGGGGCACGCUGGGACCGGCGCGCGGGCUGCCGGGAACGGGGCGGAGCGCGGCCGCGCCGGCGCGUCUAGGGGAGAGGCAACCGCCGCGAUGGACGUGUUCCUCAUGAUCCGGCGCCACAAGACCACCAUCUUCACGGACGCCAAGGAGUCGAGCACCGUGUUCGAGCUGAAGCGCAUCGUCGAGGGCAUCCUCAAGCGGCCGCCCGACGAGCAGCGGCUGUACAAGGACGAUCAGCUUCUGGACGACGGCAAGACACUGGGCGAGUGUGGUUUCACCAGUCAGACCGCGCGGCCGCAGGCCCCAGCCACCGUGGGGCUUGCCUUCCGGGCAGAUGAGGCGUUUGAGGCCCUGCGCAUUGAGCCCUUCUCCAGCCCACCGGAGCUGCCUGACGUGAUGAAGCCUCAGGACUCAGGAAGCAGUGCCAACGAACAAGCAGUGCAGUGAGGCGGCCCCAGGCCAACCCCUAGUGCCCCAUUCCCCCAAUAAAUGAGAUUUGGUUGUCCA